CCAAUCACUGGGUCUCAUCUGUGGGAGAAAUGGCGAGAGAAAUUUUUGUACUCAUCUUCCUCCUGACAGUAGGGAAUUUAGCCCACUGUCAGGAAUGGGAGAAUCUUCUCUUCAUCAAGAUGGAAGUAUUACUGGAGAAGCAGGAGGCAGCCUUAGUGAAGCAAGAAGCAGCCUUAGUGAAGCAAGAAGCAGCCUUGAGCCAGCUGAAGGGAAUGCAGGCGAAACAGGAACAGGUCGAAGGCAAACUUCACGAAAUCCAGGAGAAACAAGAACACGUCGAAGGCAAACUUCAAGAAAUGCAGGAGAAACUUCGACACGUCGAAAUUAAUCUUCAAGGUGCAGUGAACAGCAACCAGGACUCCUUGCAAAGGAUCCAGCAGGAAAUCAAAGGUUGCCUUGGAAGGGAGGACUUGGAACACUUCAAAAACAUAUCAUCAGAAGUACAACAAGAUCUGGAAUCUUCCCUUCACCAGGAAAUAUCUGGAGUCAUCUCUAUGUUGGAGACUGGAGGAAUAGAUGAGUGCUCAGAGGGAAGCCACAACUGCACUGAUUAUGAAGCUUGUACAGACAAGUUUGUGCUCUUUACAUGCACAUGCUUGUCCGGUUUUGCACGGGAUGGUUCGCGCUGUGAAGACGUCGACGAGUGCGCCCAAGGGAAGGACGAGUGCAGCCCUCUGGCAACAUGCAGGAACUCUGUUGGGAGUUACAGCUGCUCCUGCAACCCACCUUCCGAGGGAGAUGGACGAACCUGUGAGCUCUCGUGCAAAAACGUCGAGGGUCUGGGAUGCGUGAAGUUAGUGGAUGAAUGGAAGACCUUUGAGGAUAUGAACGCCACCUGCACGAGGCAGGUGGCCGUCUCCUGCAGAACCUAUCCUCUGAACAUGUACAGGAAGGUUGACGGGCUUUUGGUAUAAAUCACUGGUGGAGAUGGAUAGGAGUGCAUGAAGGUAAGUGGCUGGAGAGCGGACUCCCUCUACCAGAGGAGCUUUGGAAGCAAGGUUCCCUGGGAUCAGACCCUUCCAAGAGGACGGGGCUUUGUGGCUACAUUUAUUUGGAUCGUUCUUCUAAUUCGUACCAAAAGUGAGCCAAGAAGGUUGUUCAGAGACGAAUCCAGGUUUCUGCCACUUAAUAAUCCAACAAAAGUAGUAAUCAACAAGCGGUUGAUUUUCUGUGUGAGACUCAGGAGGAGGAGGAGGAGGAGGAGGAGGGAGGAGGACUUUUCCUUUCCUUCCUUCCUUCCUUCCUUC